CCUUCUCCGCAGCAUCAUCGUCAACUUCUUCUCUCUUUCUCUCUCUUUCCUUCACUCUGCGGCAUUCACUUCUUGUACUUGAACUUUUGCCCGAAACAGAAUAUUUUAAAACUAUGGAGGACACUGCAGUCAGCCUGGCACAUCGAUACGCCAAUGCUGCUGAAGAACACCAAGAACGCAGUCAAUGGGCAGAAGCCGUCGACAUGCACUUCAAGGCUGCUGGUAAUCUAUUCCCUUCCCCCCGUAUCCGUAUCCUCAUCCUUUUUUUUCUCUUUUCUUUUGAACACUCGGCCGAAAAAAAAAAAAAAAAAAACGCUCACUGAUCCCUGGACUUUUCUUCUGCGCGGUAUACUCAUUGUAUUAGACCAAUUCUUGCUCGCAACACAUGAUACCCAGAACCAAGAAGUUAGCCGGACACUCAAACUCAUGAACGCGAACCACAUCCGCCAAGGAAAAGAUCUUCAGCGUCGGAUUGCCAAGGCCGCAGCUGUUGCAGAGGCCGCCGCUGCUGCUGCUGCCGCUUUAUCUAUACCACCUCAGAAACAAUCGGGCGUCGCACGGACAAAAGGCGACGGAAGCCAUCACCCUACGUCGUCUGCUACUGCAUCUACAGGGACUGGAGCUUCUGGAUCUGGAUCUGGAACCGGGUCUGGGUCGGGGGGGACGAAUUCAGGUCGGCGGCGGCGAGAGAGUGGGGAUUCAGGACAUCAACAGGGGAAUACUGGUGGACUUGGACAGAGGCAUAUUAAUUUGAGGAACAAGUCGGGGUUGGGAGACCUUGAUCUGGGGGAGAAGGAGAAGGAAGAGGAUGGAGAACAUAUUACGACAUCGGAGCCUUCGAGUAAUUCCUCGUCGGCGAUCAUCGAGGAGUCCUUCACGCUUAUCAAGAACCAUGUUAAAGAUGAUUCGGAUCCGUUCAACAAAUUCUGGGAUGCGGUCGAAAACCUGGUCCUGAAAAUCUCCAGUCCCGUUGCCUUCACCUCCAUCCCCUUGGACGGCGACGAUCCCAUGCUCCUGAACUCGCCUUCCUCCGAAGAUCCGCCACCAUCGCCUUUCACUCCCAUGGAUGGACUCUAUGCCAACCAGAAUGAUCCCACCAGGGCCCCACUCCCACAAACCCUGAUUGCUAACCAGGCUCAGUCCCGGUCAUCGAAACUCCGUGGCGUCGAUCCUUCCUCGAUGCACGAGUCGUUCUUUAUUAUCGAUGCACCCUCUGUGGCAAAUUCACAGAUAAGGGGCCAUUCACGGGUCCGAUCCGAUUCAGGGUCCUCCUCUGGUUCGGUGGUGACCGGUCGACCGGGGUCGUCGUCGUCGUCGUCGAGUGCUCAGAGGAAAGCAGAGAUAGCGACGAGGAGUCCGUCCAAGACGUUGGAGGAGUAUGCGAUUGAGAACCAGCAGCUGAAGAUAACGUUGGAUAAGCUGUCGAGACGGAACUUGAAACUGGAGAAGAAUCUGGAGGGGGUCAUGCAGAUGAGUGUGUGGCAGAAGGAUCUGCAGCGGUCGGCGAUGCAGCUGAUCAGGAGUCAGGAUGUUCUGAGACCGGUGAAGCAGUCGAUCCAGGACUUGUCUGCAGAAAAAGGAAACGCGAUGGCACAGAAACUACAGGCGGUGGUGGUGGCGGCGGCGGCGGCGACGAGCAACACGGUCCCUUCCAUGUCCAUCGGCACACCUAUGCCUGGCUCAACACUCCCCGGCGCCCAAACGAAUUCGAACCCAGCAACGAUGCAGACACGGCUUUUGGAACUGGAAGAAGAAAACCUGAAGCUCAAGCUCGAAAACUCGAAGCUGAACUCGCUCAUGAAGAAAUACAAGCAACGUUGGGAGGACCUGAAGGAAUCGGCCAAAAAACGGAGGAACGCGACUCAGGAUGGCAUGGGAGAAAGCAGCAGCAACAGCAGCAGCAGCAGUGGCAACAGCAACAACAACAAUAAUAAUAAUAUACCCGGUGUAGACGCCCGCCCGUCCUUGUCUUCGGCUUCGUCUUCGAGUCAACGGCCACUCCUGCAAGCGAGCUCAUCUUCACCUAGCACUACUACAAAUUCGAAUCCGUAUUCGGUUUCGUCUUUGGCUGGGAACCCCCACGGCGGCGGUAGCCAUAGUAGUGUCCCCAUACGACCCAUGCCUCAACUGGCGCGAUCCUCUUCAGCAUCAGGACCAGUCGUGCUGGGAGGCGGAAGCUAUCAGCGGAGGAUCUUGAUGGAGAACAGGAAUGGAGGGUUGGAUUCGACGCCCAUGAAUAUGCAUCGACAUGUGGGAUCAGGGAUCGUUUCAGUAACGUCCCCAAGGGUGCUGGACACCUCUCCGAGGACGAACAUGAGUGGAGGUAUUUUGGCUGUCGUGCCAGAAGUACAGAAAGCGAUGAUGGUCGCGUCACCAUCACCACCACCGCCACCACCGGCGGGAAUAUCGCCACAGCCAAACACGAGUGGUAGCAAUGCGUUGUUGUCGGAUCCUGCGGUAAAGAUCAAUGCUGUCUCGCCUUCGACUUCAACUUUGAUUUCAACUCCCACUUCGUCUUCUUCUUCUUCUUCUUCGUCGUCGUCUUUGUCGUCGUUGGCGUCGGCGUCGGUAUCGGCGUCCCCACGGCCAAAUCCUGGUACGUAAAUGGAGUGAUUCGACGUCGUCCACGGGAGAGGGGGGGGGGGUUCUUUGAGAUCUCCUCAGGCAGGUUGGUUUUUGAGCAACAAGUUAGGGGAUCGAAAGGGUAUUUCCAGGACUUGCAAG